AUGAUACAUGUUCCAGCAACAUAUAAAAAUGAAAAAAUAAAACAAUCAAUUCGUCGAUUUGCUGACAUUCAUGGUAGUUCAGCAGCAAUAAUAUUAAUAUCAAGUAAUGAUAAUUUUACUGCUCAUCUUAGUGAUCUUGGGCAUGGAAAAAAGCCACAUGUUAUAUUGCUGAAUAAUGGUCAAGCAUUAGAAGAUCUUAUAAAGUGUGCUGAUGAACACCAUAAUUUGAAACAGCUUAUGGGACCACUUACAGCUCCUGGAAAUUAUAUACUUUUAGUUACCAAUCUUUCAACUGAGAUGAAACUCGUUCGCAUAAAAGAUCGUUUAAAAUAUUUAGCUUCUAAUUGUGGUGGACGUGUAUAG